AUGACACAUCUGCUGCCUCUCCAUUUCCUGCUGGUGCUCAACCUAGCACCACAGCUGGUAUCGGGGAGUCCCAAGCAGUACUUUCUGAAGUAUAUCUUGGAACCUCCACCUUGCAGAUUGAAACCUGAGAGCUGUUCCCAAUUCUGUACCCAGCAGGAAGAAUGCCCACAAGGACUUCAGUGCUGUUCUGCCUACUGUGGGAUAAUCUGUUCAUUAAACAAGUUCCCAGCAACCAGAAAGUAA